AUGGAUCCUUCAAUUCCAAUAGGGCUUCCUCAGCAUAUUGUUGAAGAACUACAGGAACUGAAUAAUGAAUUCAGCGAGGGAUAUCUGACUGAAAAAGGUUAUAUCAAAAAGAAGAGACUGAUACUGUCCAAAUAUGGAACGCCCAAUACUCAAGUUUCAACACCUGAUCACCCAAACCAUCAUAAUAGAGCAUAUAGUGUCAAUUCAGGAUUAACAGGAAUUUCACUAGACUCAUCAAAGGCAAAUGCCCUAUCGAGACAAGAAUCAACACCUCCUACAUCUGGAACCGAAUUACAGAAACCAUUGGAUCCUAGAGUAUUGAGUUCAGAGCCUAAUGGGCCAGAAUCAUUUGAUACGUUAGGUACUAUUCUAAGGCAUAGAAGUUCAACUUAUCCAAAAGAACAAGCUAUAAUAGUUGUUGAUUCAAAAGGUAAAGAAACUGUGACCAUAUCUUGGGAAAAAUUAUAUUUAAAAGCAGAAAAAGUGGCUCAACAAAUUAAAGAUAAAUCAGGUCUAUAUAAGAAUGAUCGGGUUUGUUUAAUAUAUCAAAAUGUUGAAGUUAUUGAUUAUACAAUUGCAUUGUUUGGAUGUUUCUUAGCAGGUGUUGUUGCUGUUCCAAUCACAUUAGAUUUAAGAUUAAAUGAAAUUAUACAAAUUAUGAAUCAAACACAAUCUCAUUUAUGUCUAACAUCAAAACAAGUUGCAGAAUAUUUAGAUAAAAAAGUCACUGCAACUUCUAAAAUAAAAUGGCCAAAAGGUUUAGAAUUCUGGAAAACAACUGAUUUUGGUACAUAUCAUCCUCAAAAGAAACAAGACCCACCUGCAUUACAAGUACCAGAUUUAGCAUAUAUAGAAUUUGUUAAAUCUCCAGAUGGUGAACUAAGAGGUGUUGCUAUUUCACAUAAAACUAUAAUGCAACAAAUGAAUUCAUUAACAAAUAUUUUCUCAUCAAAUCCAAAUUAUAAUGGUAAACCAUAUAAAAGAUCUGAUAUUUCAUUUACUAGAACUAGAAAUGUUAUGCUUAAUAUUCUUGAUGCAAGAAAAUCAGUUGGGUUAAUUGUUGGUACUUUAUUGAAUGUCUUUUCUGGGAAUUUAAUGAUUUGGACUCCUUCAAGUUUAUUAGAUAUCGCAGGUUUAUAUGCAAAUAUUAUAACAAGAUUUGGUGUCACUAUUCUUUUAAAUGAUUAUUUGAAUUUGAAACAAGUUGUUUAUAAUUAUCAAUCAUUCCCACAGUACACGAGGAAAUUUUCCAAAAAAGAAGUUGAUUUUUCGACAUUAAAAUGGUGUUUGAUUUAUAGUUCUAUUGUGGAUGGUGAAUUUCAUGAAAUCCUAACGAAUCGUUGGUUAAAACCAUUAGGUUGUAAAAACGUGGAUAAUGUUGUUGCACCUUUGUUAACAUUAAGUGAAUUUGGUGGUAUGGUUAUAUCAAUGAGAGAUUGGUUAGGUGAAGAACAUAAAUUGAAUGCCACUUUGAAUCAAUCCUUGAUUGAUGAUGGUGAUUCAAUGGCAAGGUCAGUUUCCAACUUAUCAGAAGUUCUUAUAGAUAAAAAUUACUUGACAACUAAUACAGUCAAAGUAGUAUCAGAUAGACCACCACCUAUUGCUGAAAGUUUUAGAUCAUCAGGUUUAAUUAGAAUUGGAUCUUUUGGUUUCCCAUUACCAGAUGCUACUUUGGCUAUUGUAAAUCCUGAUACUUGUUAUCUUUCAGGUGUUAUGGAAGUUGGUGAAAUUUGUAUUGAUAGUGUUUCAUUACCAGGUGGAUUUUGGGGUUUACCAACAGGUACAGAAAAUAUUUUCCAUGCUCGUUGUAGAGAUCAUGAAGGAUUUUUAGACUUGGAAUUUUUAAGAACAGGUUUACUUGGUUUUACGUAUAAUGGUAAAGUUUAUGUUUUAGGUCUUUAUGAAGAUAGAUUAAGACAAAGAGUUACAUGGAUUGAUAAUAAAACCAUAAAAUCCGAUGAUAUUCAAUAUAAAUAUCACUAUUCUGAUCAUUUAGCUUACACAUUAGCAAGAGCUAUCCCUCAAAGAAGAGUUUCAGAUUCAUCUGCUUUUGAUAUUUUGAUCAACAAUGAAUAUUUACCUGUUGUUGUUAUUGAAAGUGCAUUUGCAGUACCAUCUGAAAGUGGUAUUGUUGAUAUACCAGAAGUUGAUAUGAUUGCAUCAAAGAGUUUUGUUGUUCUUGAAAGAUAUCAUAAUGUUCGUCCAUAUUGUGUGUUAAUUUUACCACCAGAUACAUUACCAAGAACAAUCAAGAGUGGGAUUCCUGGUAUUGCUAAUAUGUUGUGUAAAAGACAAUUUGUUGAAGGUACUUUAGCAUCUGUUUAUAUCAAGUAUAACAUCAAAAGAUCAAUCACAGAAGUUCCAAGAUCAAAAUUCUAUUUAGAUAGUAUUUGGAGUAAAAUCGUAUCUGAUCAAAGACAUUUAUCGUUACACGAUAUGGAGGAUCAAUACUCAGGAUUAGAUUUCCGUGAUACAUCAAUUGAUGAUAGAACAAAAAAACCAUUGACUGAUUUUGAUUCAUUAUUGGAAAUUUUACAAUGGAGAGUUAAACAUCAACCUGAUGAACUUGCCUUUUCCACAGUCUCAAGAGGAACAGCUGCUAAACAAUCAAGUUGGAAGAAAUUUGACAACAGAGUUGCAGGUGUUGUUUCUUUAAUUUUAGAUAAGGUAAAGAAGCAUAAAAUGAGGGUUGGUGAUCAUAUAAUCUUAAUGUUUACAUUAUCUGAAGAUUUUGUCACAGCAGUUUAUGCUUGUUUGAUCACUGGUAUGAUUCCAAUUCCAUUAAAUCCAGUUGAUGUUAACAGAUUGAAUGAAGAUAUCCCAAUUCUUGUUAGUAUCAUUAGAGAUUAUAAAGUAAAGACUAUUUUUGUCAAUAGUGAUGUUGAAACAAUUUUGAAAAACAAACCAGUUUCACCCUUGUUGAAAGAGUCAAAUGCAUAUCAAACUAUAAAAUUGAGAAAUACUUCAAAAGCUAAAACAAGUGCUUCACUUUCGAAUCUUCAAUCAAGAGUUGAUACUAUAUACAAGGUUAAAUCAGUCGUUGAAGAUAACUCAACUGUUUUGAUUUGGUUAAACUUCACUGAAGAUGGUCGUCGUAUCGCAGUGAAACUCAGUCAUAAGACAAUUUCAUCUAUUUGCAAAAUCAUGAAAGAAACUUGUCAAUUAGAAAGUAAAAACCCUGUGAUAUCAUGUGUUCGUAAUACAUCAGGUAUUGGGUUUAUUCAAAGUGCUCUCAUUGGUGUUUAUUUGGGAUCAGCAACUUAUAUUAUUCCACCAUUAGAUUUUGCCACAAAUCCCUCAUUAUUCUUUUUAACUCUUGCUAGAUAUAAAGUUAAAGAUGUUUAUGUUACACCUCAAAUGAUGGAAUAUGCUUUAAGAAGAGUUAAAUCCAAAGAUUUUGUUUUGGAUAGAGUUAAAAACUUGAUGAUUGGUUAUGAUGGUAGACCUGAUGUUAAUCUGAUUAAGAAUGUUGCUGUUCAAUUCUCACCAACUAAAUUAAGCUCAUCAGCGAUCAGUCAUAUUUAUUCUCAUAACUUCAAUCCAAUGAUUACUUCAAGAUCAUACUUGGCAUUCGAUGCUAUUGAUUUAUGGAUUGAUCCAGAUGCAUUACGUUUAGGUUUAAUCUCCAUUGUUAAUCCAUCAAAUAAUCCAAAUGCCAUUCAUCUUCAAGAUUCAGGUAUUGUUCCAGUUUGUACUCAAAUUGCAAUUGUUAAUCCAGAAACACGCAGAUUGUGUAAAGUUGGUGAAUACGGUGAAAUUUGGGUUUGCUCAGAAGGGAAUAUUGAAGGUACAUUAAGUAAAUUGAAUAACAAGAGUGGUGAAAGUUUUGAGAAAUAUCAAUUUAACGCAAAAAUUGAAGGAGGUGACCAUAGUUUGAAUUAUAUUAGAACUGGUGAUUUGGGAUUCUUACAUAAUGUUUCAAGAUUUGAUCAAUCAACGGCAAUUGAUUUUCAACCAUUAUUUGUCCUAGGUCAAAUUGCUGAUACAUUUGAAUCUAUGGGUUUAUCACAUUUUGCAUCUGAUGUUGAAAAAUCAAUUGAAAGAUCACAUCCUGAUAUUAGAUCAGGAGGUAGUUGUGUUUUCAAAGCUGGUGGUUUUGUAAUUGCAGUCAUAGAUUCAUCAAGAGGAAGAUUUUUAUCUUCAUUAGUCCCAGUUAUUUUCAAUAAAGUUCUUUCCACACAUUAUUUAGUGAUUGAUAUAGUUAUUUUCACAAAACCAAAAGGAUUUCCAUACUCAAGAUUAGGAGUUAAACAAAGAAAAAGAGUUGUUGAUCACUUUGUUUCUAAGAAAUUACCAAUUCAAGCACAAUAUGGUUUAAAUCAAGGUGAACCAAGUUUAAUUAAAAUGGUUCAAGAUUUUGAAAAUAUUUCUGAAGUUAGUUCUUUACAUACAAAAGUUGAAGAUAGACCAAUGUCAUUCCAAUCAUCUCAAUUGGAAGUUCAAAAAUUAGAUAAUUUAACCUAG